AUAACUAUUGCGCGGAAUUGAUGAGAUCGAGUCUCUAAUGUUGUACUCAUGCUUUUUCAUAUGAUAGGUGGACUUGCACCACAUGAAGGGAUGGCUAAAAAGCAAAUCUCCAUUUUGGUUGUUUAGAUCAGAUCAAGAGAAGAAAGAGAAACUCCGAUUACAAACAGCAAAGCUACAUGCUGUACUUUCUCUCACACAACUUGCUUCAGGUAUUGCUGGCUUUGCCAGCAAUAGCAGCUCAGAAAUACGAGACUCGCACCAUAUCAAUUAUGAGAGGGAAGGGAAAUGGAGCCACCAUAUGGGUAAUGUAGUUGCUUCAGCAGCUGCUCUGAUGACUACGGUAUGUGCUGAGGCAGCGGAAUCUCUCGGAGCAGGAAGAGCUCAGGUUGCAUCUGCCGUCAAUUCUGGCCUGGCCAUCCAAACUCCAAUGGAUAUGAUUGCAGUCACAGCAACAGCAGCCACAUGUUUACGAGGAGCUGCAAUUCUUAAAUCGAGAGCCAUAGAGGAUUCCUCUCCUAGGAUCCCAGAGAUGCUCACUGCAGGCGCCCGAAUAUGGAUAAUAAUGCCCUCAGGACAUAAAGAGGACAAAUGGGUGACCCUACACUUGAAGCAAAACCAACUGAUACUGAGCCUCAAAAGGAAGUACUUUGGAACUCUAAGAGCUUCAAAAGAAUGUAAUUUUCUAUUCAGUUUCUAUUUAUUGCCUCAAAACUUGAUGCUUCUCUCCUUUUUAGGCAUUAUUAUUAAAAAAACUCAUAAUAUUAAAAAAACUUACUGUUGUCCAGACAAGCUGAUCAACAUCAUAAAAGAAUGUUUGGAGGCUCAAGACAAGUACUUUGUUAGCUUGAGGACGAACAAUGGAAUCAUCAAGCUUCUUUUCGAAGAUGAAAUGCAAUCAAGCAUCUGGAUAUCUACCAUUUCAGGUGUCUUAAAGAAGCAAAGAUCCUCUUGA